AUGUUUCGUCGGGUUCAGCGUCAACCUGAUCUCGAAGGCUACCACGGAGGACAUGUGACGCGCGAAAUUCUGGACUUCAACAACUCUUCUUGGAUUAUUGACCAUCAUCGUCACAGUAUCAUCACCAAGAUCUCUAAACCAGGUGACUGUUGGCUAGAUGUACUCUUUGGGCAUCGCUCUGGAACCAAUAAGGACCCAGGAAACAAUCGGGAAAGGCCCAAUAACAGUCAUAGUCCCCAAGUGGUCGCAGAUGAACAUCCGCUGGGUCUUAACAGCCAACAGCCCAAGGUGGGAACCGGCACAGCUCAUGAACAACUAGAGGGAAGUGAGCAGAGUUACAGGAUCAACAUCUCUGAGCUACAGCGCUUGCGCUUACGACAACUCCAACACAAGUUAGUCCAGCAUGCAAUAGACCUGAGAUACGACGCAAUGGAACCUUUAGGCUGGGCUGAAGACCUGAGAGAGUAUGUCCAAGCCCUGCAAGAUUACGACUAUAUGGGAAAAUACAUCUUGCAGCCCCAAGACCCGUUCAUCGUAACUGGGGAGCGACUUAUCGAUCGCCUUAUGCUCCAGGCUGCUAUGAGAGAUAAGGAGAACGAAGCAGACCCACUGCAUUGGGCAAAGUGCAUCGUCAAAUGGGAGACGUCCGACAUACGCCCAAAGCCUGUUGGUGGUACGAGAGACGGAAACCUUCGACAAACCUGGCUCAGGGGCUUUCAACAACGGCUGGGAGUAGCCGCCGUAGGUGGUAUCUUCCUCAUCGCACCUAUGUGGCUUAUAGUCCUUCACAGAACGCUUUACACGGCGCUGGUUUCAACAACAGUAUGUGUGACAAUAUUUGGUCUGCUGAUGGCCCUGUUUCUUGAUGGGUCAAAAGAUGUUCUGUCUAGCACGGCUGCAUACUCGGCCGUUCUGGUUGUUUUUGUCGGCUUGACAGUUCCCAGUAAUACUUCUUAG